UGACUUAACGAGCGAGCAUGCUAUGUCGGUAGGAUGUAAACAUUGUCAGUGUGUUGGGAGAGGGGAAUGGCCGGUAGCAGUGGACACGUGUGUCGGUCGGCUGGACAUGUACCUGGCAUACUGGAUACCUACCAAGUGACACCAUGACGGAAUAUAUCGGCAAGGACGAACAGACCCUGCGUUCUCUUUUGGAUGCUUGUACUAGUUUUGAAGAGAGGAGAAAGAUACGAGCUGCCAUUCGCCAGCUGAAAGAUGGGGCAGUGAAAUCUCACAGUUUCUCUGUCAAACCAUUUGUCUCAAGUGCAUUAGACAAUAAGGAUGCAGGGACUGGUGUAGCUCGACCCAGUCUAGGUCUUCACAGGACAUCCAGUGACAACUUCAACAGCAUUUCCCAACGCAGGAGCUACCACUGCGGUACAUCUUCAAGUGAUGGCACAACUAGGUCCAGCAGUGGGGAUUCCUGGACACCAUCAGGGGAUAGCAAUAGAGUGCCCAGGCACAGUGGACACUUAUCAAGCUCAGAGGGGAGAAACGGUGUGGAUAGAUACAGUUCUAGGUAUUCCUCUGGAGGCACAACAGACACUAGAACAGAGGUAUUGCCGCCGAGGAGUUUUCAUUCAUCUACCUCAAAUAGCAACAGCAAUCCAAAUUCCAGAUCAUAUGCUGCAUCCUCUGCAGAUGGUAACAGUGUAACUCAACUGAGGAGCUCACAUCUCUCUACAUCUGCCAGCAUCUUGUGUCCAAGCAGUGUAGUCUCUGUCGGGCCAUCCACAGACUGUGUAUCUAGUCACACCUCCAGAGUGGAGUCGCACCAUCCAAUCAUCAAAGCAGGACAUGACAAACAUAGUAAUGCCAGCAGAAUUCUCGUCAAUAUUCGAGAGUCAUUAAACUCUGUGGUGUUAAGAAAAAAUGUUUUAAAUAUCCAUUCAACUCCACCACAGACCUCGAGCAGUGUUAACUUCAGGAACGGUGUUUCCAAUGCCCUCACCGACCUUGCAUCAGAGGGGUUGGCAACUCCUCUCCAGGAGGUGAGCAGUGCUUGUGUGAGCAGUGCCAGGUCAGUGUCACUCAGCUCUGAUGAUCUCACCAGAAGCAGUGACAACAUCCCUCGAUGGCGCAGUGCCUCCUACACCUCUAUACCGGGGGCAGAUAACAACAUAAAACAGAAGACCGCUGCAAGUGCUUUGGUGAUAAAUGACUCUGUUAUAGAAAACUGCAAAUCUGAGGAAUACCUGCAAUACCUGCUAUUGAGAUCCUCAGAAUUUGUAGAAAGACGAAAACUUAGAACCAGGAUAAGAGAACUACGUGAAAACAGAGAAGACAAGGACCUUGUUGAGAAAGGUGAUUUGAAGAAGAGCAACUCCGAUGACAGCAAAGUUAAACAUAGUAGCCAUGGCCUUACUCCAAGGGGAACAACCCUUACUCAUGUACAGAGGGACAACCCUGCUGGUGGAGGCACACUACAGCUGGAUUAUGACAAGAUAGAAACACUGGAGGAAUUCAAAACAUUGCUUGCUGUCACAGAAGACUAUGAAGAGAAGAGGAAAAUCAGGAAUUCUAUGCGUCAGCUUCGAAGACGAUUGGAUUUAGAGAAAGUCAAGUUGUCUGCUGGAAAUAGGUUGUCGAAGGCCGAGAGCAGCCUGCGGCGCCAGUCAGAGGACAUCACACUGCACAGACCUCAGUUUGUGAGCCAGACAGACUCCAGAAGACUCUCAGAGGAUGGAACCAGCACCAAGGUCAAUACUGGCCUGGAUAAGAGAGAGGACAGCACACUGAAACACUUUGACCUGAGACAGACUGAUUCUGACUCCAUAGUCAGAUUAAACUACCCAACAGUUGAGAUCCAAUUCUCUACUGAACAGCUGAAACAAACGGUGACAACUAGUGAGGGCGGUAGGGCAGGAAACAAAGUGGGACCUUGCACAGACAGGGCUGACAAGGCAGGGACAUCCUCUUCUACAAGUGUGCCCAAGAAGGCAGAGGCAGGAGCUGGAGCUGGGGUGGAGGAAGAAGACUUUCUCUCCAAGAUUAAAGCUAGGCUUAGUAGUCGAGAGAAAGGUCAAGGUGGACAAAGUCAAUCAAUAACCCGAGGGUCACAGAAAAGCAAAGACAGUGGAGGGAAUACUGACAAGAGAAAUACAGCUAGCUCCAAACCUGGACCCUCCCCACCACAUGUUAAGGACAGGAAAGGUAACCUUAGUAAAACAGCAGAUGUGCCAGCAAACACCAGGAAGGUUGUUUUAACGGGCAAAGGCAAAUUGUUGACACCUUCAAGCUCUGGACAGUCAGAACCUUUUGUUUCAAAGAAAGGCAAAAGUCAACCAUUGAAAACUGAUAACUAUAAUCUAAUCAUUGACAGUAGAAGGGAAUCUACAUUGAAAUCAAAUUUGACUGUGAAACUUAACUCUGGGGCAACAAGAGGUUCAGAUGCAAAGGACAAAGUUCGUGUCAGCAAGGGAAUAGAUUCUAAGAAAAGAGUCCUGCCAGAUGUUGACAAACUCAAGUUCAAGGCUGGAGGCUUUGCAGUGAAGAAAACGACCGACAGUGAGAAAAGAACUGUGUUUGAUAGGCUCUCCCAGGGUAAAGAGAGCCCUAAUGCUGUACCCAGUAAACACAAAGGUAAUGUUGAGUUGAACCUGUCUGCUGUUUCCCCUGUUACAUCUGUGUCUGUGAAGACCAUAGUAACUGAAAGUAGUUCUCUAGUGCCUAAAGACCACACACCAGAGACUCCAACAGUCAGCAGCAACAGCAGCACUACGCUCUUGCCAACUACAGCAUCAGCCACUUCCAAUCAGAAGGAUUCGAGCAGAGAUCACAAGUUCAGUGACUCUACAGAUCAAUGUGCCAAACGGACCGGUGACUCAAACAACACUGAGUGUUUUGUGGUGAAAUCAGACAAAUGUACAGACAAGUAUGUGUUUAAGGUUGACCUGAAGCCUAAAUCAAAAGGUCUGAGUCGGUCCCAUAGUGAUGUUCUUCCCCAAACUCGAAGCUGGUUUAAGAAAACUGGUCAGGUAGAAUGCAAUCCUUUGAAAAGUUUUGAGAAUCGGUCUGAUAUUGAAAAAGCCUUCAUGGAUAUGCUAGAUGAUAUUGACCAUGUUAGUACAGCAUCUGAUACUAAACUGUCUGAUCUAGAAAUCAGUGAUGAUGACCUUGACCAAGUUACCAGCAAGACUAGCAUACAGACAAUUGCUGAGAGUACUGACAAUGAUAGAGAUAUGACUAUGGAUACUAUUGUUGCUGGUGUCAACCAACAUGUGGAGCAGAGUAAAUCAUGGAUAUUGUUGCGUAAUGUGAAGGAAGACCUAAGUGCAAUAAAGUUCAUAGAUGAGAAUGACAACAGUGAGGUGCUCGGGAAUGUUGAUGGAGGGCAACAUGGACAAAUGACCAGUGGCCAGCCUGCCACUUUAGGUGUGGAAAGUAGGCCGAGCACCAUAGAGGAGGUGGCCUCGUGUCCUGAAGAAAACAACAAUGUCCAGGAGAAGUUGACUAUUCGUGAUGUAGAAUCUGAUGUGAUGGACAAUUUUGCUGGAGUUGUGGAUACUGCUGGUGUGCCCAGUGGGUCAGACAGCAUAGAGAGGGAGACAUCCAGUGGCCACAGUGACAACACUGUGUCUGCCCACAGUGACAGUGCAAUAACAUACCAAGAGGAUGAUGAUGGCACAGUGACGGUCCAGCAGGUGACUCAGGAUGACCAUCAGGAUAGGGUAGUGACUGUCCGGUCCAAGAUUUUCCGUACUCCCAGCAAUGCCCAGGCUGAGGAGCGGGACACUGUUGUAGAGACGUUGUUCACAUCGCCCGGUGGAACACAACUGCAAGAGCGUGAUGUCAUCAAGACCAAGAAGAGGCUGACAUCUCGAGGUUCCAACUACUUCCAACGCAGUGUGCAAGUCACAAGACGGGUUCGGGACACAGCAGGUGGGGAGGUCGUGGAGCAGGAUAACUGUGUGGAGUCCGACAGCAAGUCAGUGUCCAAGGGGCAGUCGUGGGGAGACAGAGUCAUCACCAAGGUCACCCUAGACAAGCCGAAUCAACAGCAGCCCAUGAUACAAGAGGCAGCAGAUGCACCUAAGAAAUCCCAUGCUACCCUGGUGCUGAGCAAGCUGAAUGUGUCCAAGGCCAGCAGCGGGUAUGGGAGUGUGUCCGGGUCAGAGGAGGAUGACCGUGAGGAGAUCAUAGACAUCCAUCAGACAAGACCAAAAGGUUGUCCGGAGAUCACCGUCCCCGUGAAGGACGUGGAUGUGAGGGAGGGGGAUGACGUGGUGCUGGAGUGUGCUGCCACAGCCGACCCUGCACCCGCGGUCACCUGGUAUCUGGGGUAUCAGCAGAUAGAUGCAGAUGAUAAUCGGUAUCAUACACACUUUGUUGAAGCCAGUGGCAAGGCCACCCUCACCAUCUGCUGUGCCGAAAACAUGGACAGUGGUCAGUUUCGCUGUGUGUUCACCAAUCAGUAUGGAGAGGCAGAGACCAAGAACUCAGUUACAGUCAAGAAGAAACCUGAGAAAGUCCCAGUGUUUUCAUUGGGUCUGCAUGAUGAGACGGUGAUAGAGGGGCACUCCAUCACCUUGACCUGUACAGUGGCAGAUGCUGAGACCAUUGGUUGGUACAAGGAUGGGUUUGUCCAACGCAACUCCUCAGACUUCAAGCAGAGCUAUGAUGGAGAUGUUGCCCGUCUCGAGAUUGGAGAAGUCUUUCUGGAUGAUGUUGGGGAAUAUGCCUGUGUUGCUCGCAAUGAGUUGGGGGAGGAUCGCACGGCAUGCCAAAUAACUGUGACAGCCUGUGACACGGAGACGUCCGUUGUGCCCAUGUUCCUCACCAAGUUCACCAAGUCUGUCAUCAAGGUCGGGGACAAGCUCCUCCUGGAGUGUGAUAUUAUUGGGUCACCAGAACCAGGGAUCAACUGGACCAAAGAUGGCCGUCCUCUGCGGGAGGACUGCCCAUAUAACGAAAUGUACGACGGACGUACAGCAAAACUUGAAAUAGAGGAUGUCACAACCGAUGAUUCAGGGAAAUAUGAAUGUAUUGCUGUUAAUGAAGCUGGUCGAGUGUCUCUUGAUGCCAGUGUCACAGUGCAGGUAAAGAACAAGUCUCCAUCUGUGACGGUUCCACUGUGUGAUGUGGACAUUAAGGCAGGUGAGAGUGCCAUCUUGACUUGUCACAUCUCAGGCUUUCCACAGCCAAGCGUCCUAUGGAGGAAGAAUGGAAUGUUGAUUGGGCACACCAAGGACUUUAAACAGAUGUAUGAUGGCAGGAUAGUGAAACUGGAGAUCUAUGGAGUGUGUUUCCAGGACAGUGGGCAGUAUGAAUGUGUCGCACGCAAUGGACUGGGAGAGACUUCAACCACAUGUCUACUCACAGUGAAAGAUACAUCAGCCCCACAAGAAUCAAUGUUGCCACCAUCCUCCAACAUGUCCAGUUCACCGAUCACAAGAUCUACAACGCCACCACAAACCAUCAUUGGUCUAGCCUUGUCUCGUCCUGCCUCACAGCGGAGUAGUCAUGGACCUCUACACCUGUCUUCUCCCACCAGCCCUACAGCUUCACAGAACAUCAGCAGCAGUUCUGUGGGACAGGCAACUUCCCAUACAUCUACCAAGGUAGUGUCACCCUUGGUCUCUCCAUCUACUGCAUUGCCCACCCACAUUAUUGGGAAGGCUCUGACAAGGUCCGCUUCCAUGACCAUCACUACUGUAGCCUCUUCUGCAACCUCUCCAUCAGCUCCAUUACCAGCAGAUGUUAUUGGGAGUGCUGAAACGUUGUCAUCUUCCAAGAUGUCUACAAGUUUAGUCACUUCUCAAGAAUGCAAGGCUUCUGCUUCUUUCACAAGAUCAGCCUCCCAGAGAUCUAUCACGGUAAUCUCUUCUCCAGAAUCUUCUCCCACCACUCCAUUGUCAUCUCAUGUCCUUGGUAAAGCCAUUACAAGGUCAGCCUCGCAGAGAGUCACAUCAUCCUCUCAGAGCAGCUCAUCACCACCACAGAGCAUUAUUGGAAAAGCACUAGAAACUUUAGCUGCCAAGUCACCUUCAUCACAUCAGAAUGUAAGCAGAUCAUUGUCCUCGCCAACCAAUACUCAAAUAGAAAUAUUAACAAAGCCACUAACUGGCACUGUUGGUGAUCCUCCACGGAUAAUAAGAAACAUUCCAAGUACUGAAUCCAUCUCUGUUCCUGCAAGGUCCAAGCCUCUCAAUACCAUUGGUAAAUUCCUUGCACUGUCCGCAGCUAAGGACUUGGGUCCAUCAUUCCCCAUCAGGACUACACUAGAUAGUCCCACAGAAAGAAGCCCCAGCCCAGUCACACCAACACAGCACCAGGAGAGCAGUAACCUCAAGAAAGCUCAGACACAGACACAGACACAGACACUACAACUGUCCAAAGUGCAGCAAUUACGUUUGCAGUUCUUAGGCGAGGCCAACCAAACCAAACAGAAUAAAGUCAGUAGUGCACCAAUCAGAAGAUGGCAUUCUCUUCCUCCACAAGACCUCAAGCCAAUCAUUGUCAAGAAGGAGAAGGGGUCUGUGACACGAGCCCAGCAGCUACACAGCAGCACUGACUCAAGGGGGGCAACCAUGCCAACCUACGAGGACAUCAAUGAUGAGGAGGAGCUCAUGAAAGUUAUGAGCAAGACAGAUGACUUUGAUGAACGAAAGAAGAUCCGUGCAAGGUUAAAAGAAGUGAGAGAAAUAGAUAAAUUGGAGCGAGAAGCAAAGCGGAUGCAGAGGGAGAAGGAGUCGGAAGAUGUUGUGAAGAAGAGGUUCGAGAAAGCAGAAGAAGAUAAGAAGAGGAAGAUGCAGCAGUUCUCAGACAUGGCUGCCAAACCCUCUUCUGUGGCGACAACAACCAAGACUGGAUCUGAUGGAGCCCAGAUAACCACAACCACCACUACCAGCACAUCCACACAGAAGGCAGAUGGAGGCGGCACUCGUACACAGACUGUGAAGAAAACAGAAACGACCAUAACAAAAACAUCAGGCAUGGGUGGCAUGCAGUACGCAAAGCCAGGGGCAGCAGAAGCAUUGAGAAAGCUGUCUGACCAGCUUCAGACCACGAGUCCCCCGGGCACCAGUGGGAGGCUGAUGGUGAAGACAGAGUCCUGGAACAGUAGCGAUGGGGUGGUACAUACGUCAGAGAAGACAGAGUCAUGGGGAGCAAAACCAGGAGGUUCUCGUGGUGCCAUGGCGGCCUUCAAACAGAUGGAUGCCACCAAUAGUCCUGCACAACCCAAUGCUUUAGUUACCGUAUCACUGGCUAAGAAGGCUGCUACAACAAUGAGACGUAACGCUAUUGCCAUCAAACAGGAAGUGCUUGCCUUCUGCAAACACAACACGAAAGAAUACAAGACGAUACAGAUCACCAACUUCUCUAGUUGUUGGAACAAUGGACUGGCAUUCUGUGCACUCAUCCAUCACUUCUUCCCGGAUGCCUUCGACUUCAAUGCACUCACUCCAAAAAACAGACGGUAUAACUUUGAUCUGGCCUUUGACACUGCAGAGCAGAGGGCUGACAUAGCGCCUCUACUGGAUACAGAUGAUAUGGUGCGGAUGAAAAACCCCGACUGGAAGUGUGUGUUUACCUAUGUCCAGAGUAUCUACCGACAUCUGCGUGAUCAUGACGCCAACAAGGCCAAGGAAGCAGAGCAGUGAUUGGCUGACCAGCUGACCACUGCUUACACAGCAUCAUGCAGUUGUUGUUAUUUUUGUCAUGUAACUUAUUGAGUAUGUAACAUUUAAUCAUGUACUGGUCCUGCUGCACUGGCUGGCCGGACGGCUGUGUAUGAUGCAGCAGCUAGUGCAGGAGUACCAAGUAGAACACGGGUGACACAGUGAUUCCGACUUCCAACUCACCUGACUCAGUCCUUGGGCAUAAGCACAGAUCUGUUUCGUCUCUUUCGAAUUUGCCAUCACAUGGCUUCAAAUAGUGAAGUCACAAUGAUCAACAGAUAAGUGUUUAUUAUAAAAUUAUCCAAGAAGUAUGUGGAUGGAAGGCUAGUGAAGAGGAUGGAGUCUCAUAACUGUGUAUCACAUCACCUGUUGAAGAGUGUAAGAAGAACAUAUUACAACCAGUAGGUAGCCAAAACAGUUUCUAUAGCAAAUACAAAACCAAGGUCUUCCAGGUUUCUACUCUACAUUGGGUAUUAUGUUUACUGUGAUUGUGAUAUUAGAUUGGUGUCUUUAUGUGGUACAGGUAUAUCGUGUGCAGUAGAUGACAAACAUGGCCAUGUCAUGGUCGGCUGAUCAGCAUUUGAACCACCAGUCUGGAGCUCAGCGUGUGCUAUUGCGGUAUCUGUUGUGGGGAGUGAUGAAGGACAGUAUGAUGCUGAGACUGUGGAUGGGAAGGUCCAUAGCAUCUCAAGUCAGCUGAGCUCUGAUAGUGUGCUGCAGUCAUGGAAUGUUCCUUGCUUCACCUUGCAGCCAAAUAACAUCCAUACAUCAUGGUGUAUCUUACCCCUUGUACCAACUCACUGUCACACCUGCAGGUGACUGGGUCACUGUCACACCUGCAGGUGACUGAGCACUGUAACACCUUUGGGUAACUGAACUUCUGUCACACCUGCAGGUGACUGAUCCACUGUCACACCUGCAGGUGACUGAGCCACUGUAACACCUGUGGGUGACUGAUCAACUGUCACACCUACCAGUGACCGGGCCACUAUAUCACCUGUGGAUGACUGAUCAACUGUCACACCUGCAGGUGACUGGGUCACUGUCACACCUGCAGGUGACUGAGCACUGUAACACCUUUGGGUAACUGAACUUCUGUCACACCUGCAGGUGACUGAGCCACUGUAACACCUGUGGGUGACUGAUCAACUGUCACACCUACCAGUGACCGGGCCACUAUAUCACCUGUGGAUGACUGAUCAACUGUCAUACCUGCAGGUGACUAGGCCACUGUCACACAUGCAGGUUCCUGAACUUCUGUCACAACUGCAGGUAACUGAUCCACUGUCACACCUGCAGGUGACUGGGCCACUUUAACAGCCUUGUGUGACUGAUCCACUGUCACACUUGCAGGUCACUGAUCAACUGUCACACCUGCAGGUGACUGAUGCACUGUAACACCUGCAGAUGACUGAUCCACUGUCACACUUGCAGGUAACUGAUCCACUGUCACACCUGCAGGUGACUGAUCCACUGUCAAAACUGCAGGUGACUGAUCCACUGUCACACCUGCAGGUGACUGGGCCACUUUAACAGCUUUGUGUGACUGAUCCACUGUCACACUUGCAGGUCACUGAUCCACUGUCACACCUGCAGGUUACUGAUCAACUGUCAAAACUGCAGGUGACUGAUCCACUGUCACACCUGCAGAUGACUGAUCCACUGUCACACCUGCAGGUGACUGGGCCACUGUAACAGCUUUGUGUGACUGAUCCACUGUCACACUUGCAGGUCACUGAUCCACUGUCACACCUGCAGGUGACUGAUCCACUGUCACAUCUGCAGGUGACUGGGCCAGUGUCACACCUGUGAUUGAUUACACCUCAGUUGUGAUUAUGAAUGUAGAUAUUCAACUUGGAAGCCAAAAGGUUUCAUGAGUUGUGACGUUGAAUGUCGCCAACUCCAUGUAAUGCAUUUAGUCCUGUGUUAGACGUGAAGGAUUUGAUAGGCGAGUGUGCAUAAUAUAAACUACCAUGCAUGUAUAUUCAACUGUGGAUAAGACUGCAUACGUAAUGUUGGUGCUUGAUAGGGUUAAUGGUUUUUGUAUUCCUAGAUGAAUGUAGACUUUGUAUCCGGUGUACUAGCGUAGGUAGACCAAGAGCUGCCAUGCUAGUGGCCAACCUUGCUGUUGGAGACUAGUGUUCUGGAGGUCACUGCAAGAUAUGUCCUUGUUUCAUACACACUAUAGGUGAAGAUAUUCGUAGAAGUAAACAGUGCAAUGUAAUCCCCUUGUGUGAGAUAACUGGCAUUUCAAUCCACAAUACUCAGCAACUUGUAGUCGGGCCCCAUGUGGACAGUGAGAAGCAUUAACAAUGCUGGUAGGUGCUUGACACUGGUCUUAUUCUCAAAUAGAUCACCUCAUUGGUUUAUGCGUCUUAUUCGGCCUAUGCAGUGCUUUGGGCUUCUUUCUAACCAGGUCUGUCUUCAUACAGGGUCUUCUUUACAACGAGUCUACAACAAAGCUAAAACAAAUGUCUUUUUCAGUGUUAAAUUCUAUGGUGGUAUAAUCCCUUCUGUGGUGAGAUUAUAUUAUAAGUUUCUUGAUAUUAUUUCUUGACAUUAUGUUAUACAGAAUGGUAUCUUUUGAGUAUUCCUCUCCAUAAAUGUAAUGAUAAAAUCAAUGGUUCUCAUAAGGACUUACACUACAGGGAACUUUGUGCAGGGUUUAUCACUUAAGUUAUUUGAUGUUAUAGAAAUGCUUCACUGAAAGGUAAUACAAACUUUGGAGGGCUUUGCUUGGAUGUUAGGCAAGGGGUCCACUGCCCCAGCCAAUGUACCUGUGUACACGUCUCUGUCACUGUGUCUGUCCAGCAUUACUCUGCUUUUGAUGAAGUAAUGUGUUUUAUUUCCAUUUUGUAGAUAUUCAAUUUUACUAUCAUAACUUGUACAGUCAACUGUUUUGUAGUGAACUAUUUUCAGUGCUAUUCAAUAUAACUUCUUGUUUUAUUUUUGUUUUGCAUACCAACAUUAAGUUUGUAGUUGUGUUCUCAGGGUGCCGCAAUAUGUAGUGAUAUAUGAUGUGAUGUCCCACGAGCAACAACCUCAGUCAGACCACCAUCAUGACACAUUGAGGCUGCAACACAAAAACGAAAAUAGGUUUCUUAUCUCUUUUUGUAGUUAUGUCCUUUUAAUAUCCAAGUAGUCGGAUAUGUGUUCUCACAUCCCUGUAUUGUAAGAUUCUCUACUGUAAGUGGUGGCACUUUCUGUUGUUGCUCCAUGGUAACAUGUUCGUAAAUCUGUGCCAAAUUUGAAAAAAUGUUUACAAUUGUACUUAAUGACAUCCAUUGCUGCCAUCUGCCACUGGUUGUGAGGGAUCUGUAGAGUAUGGUUAGCAGACAGCAGGUGUGCCGACCAGGCAGAGUGGAUCAGCACUGUACACUAGGCAGGGGGGCUCUAAUGCAGCAAAACUGUGUACUUUCUGUUGUGUGCAUUUACUGUAUAACUUAACAAGUACACAUCCUGUGCAUAUGUUUCUGUAUCUGUUAAUGAAUAAAAAUAAAAUUAUAUCUGG